AUGGGCCUCCUCAAGCAGGAAGCCGAGCUCGGGGCCCUGAAGGUCCCUCACCUCUCCAAGUACAUUCUCAACACAGUGACUUUGCUGGGUGCACCGGUUGGAGAUGAAGCUGUGCAGAGACUGGACAGCAUCACAGACCCUGUGUGGUUGUUAAGGGGGAUCUUCCGGGUCCUGGGCCUGAUGAAAACGCACAGGAUGAAUUACAACCAGAGCCUUCAACCCCACCUGCAGGAACAUUCCAUUCAGUAUGAACGGGCUAAAUUCCAGCAACUCCUCGACAAACAGCCAAGCCUCCUGGAUCGCACCACCGGGUGGCGGACCUGAGCAGCAGCAGACCUUGCCACGCUGCCUCCAGCUUGCCCCGAAGCUCCGGACCCCUGUGGGGUGGCCUGCCCCUCUCCGAAGGGGGUAGCCCACAGCCCCGAGCCCCUUAGCCCCACAGUGGUGCCGUCCCAGGGUUUCCUGAACCUUCUUCUCUGGGACCCUGAUGAAGAGUUCCCUGAGAUGCUGCUGGUGGACAGAGCCCGGCUGCAGAAGCUGCAGUCACAGCUGCUCUACUUGACCAUCCCGGCCUCGGUCUUGCUGGUGACCAGCAGUUUCUCUGUCAGCGUUCUGUUUGGCUCCCCUCAGUUUGUGGAUAAGCUGAAAUGCAGAAUCGAAGCCUCCAUGGAGGAAUUGAAUUCUCGGCCUGAGGAGGCCAUACUGACUGUGAGUGAACGGAUGUCUCAGGAAAUCAAUCAAAGCCUUAAGAACAUGGGCCUUGCUGCUCCGAGCAGUGACAACACAGCCUCUUUGGUGGGACAGCUCCAGGACACUGCCCACAAGGAGAACUGUGUCCGCAGCAUCAUCGUGUCUUUUCCCGCUCACAGAUCAGCGGAUCCACUUGUUUCUCAAAUGCUGUUUGGUUCUUGGUGUGCAGCGCUCUUGAUUAGGCCUCCCCCGAGGCCUUACUCUCAUUGA